CUGGAGUGGACUGUUUGUUGUGGGAAAUAUCCACCGUGGUGCUGAACCAGGGAUUCAUUUAACGGUACAAGGACACGGGCACUAACUAACUACACUACUACCACCAACAAGCAUGCGGCACGUUUCGAGCGGUGUCAGAUAAAAGAGAAGAAGGAGGAAGAAGAGGAGGAAGAGGAGAUAUUCUCGUCCAGCCGAGCAGAGAGCAGAGAGCCGACCGACAGCGCGGAGUUGUCGCGAUGUUGUAGCUAAACCAUGGACAGCAGAAUAAAGGAGUAUCCAGACAGAACAUUUGAUCUGGUUGUACAGGUGGCAUGUCCAACAUCUGAAAAUGAGGAUCCAACCGUGCUGUGGAGCUUCCCCCAGGACCACACCGACCAGGAGGUCCUUCAGACGAUACCAAAGUUCUGCUUUCCCUUUGACGUGGAAAGGGUUUCCCAGAAUCAGGUGGGGCAGAAUUUCACCUUUGUGCUGACGGACAUCGACAGCAAACAGAGGUUUGGUUUCUGUCGACUCACUCAAGGCUGCCGGGUCUGCAUAUGUCUGCUCAGUUAUCUACCAUGGUUUGAAAUCUACUACAAGCUGCUAAACACUCUGGCAGACUACCUUACAAAACAACAGGAAAAUGACUUGAAUGACAUGCUGAAUUCUCUCUAUGAUCUGCCUGUGCCAAAGCCCUUCACGCCAGUCAACCUGAGUGUGAAUGAGCAGUUGUAUAUUGCCACUGGGCAAGUACUGAGAGAUCGGCGAAGCAAGGAGCCGCACUCCUACUUCAUCGCCCCGGAUAUCAAUGGACUGCCAACUAUCCCUGAGAGCAGGAACCUGACAGAGUACUUUGUGGCUGUGGACGUCAACAACAUGCUCCAGCUCUACGCCAGUAUGCUGCACGAACGGCGCAUCAUCAUUACCUCAAGCAAGCUUAGCACUUUAACUGCAUGUGUCCAUGGUGCGGCUGCUCUGCUCUUUCCUAUGUACUGGCAGCACAUCUUCAUCCCUGUGCUGCCCCCGCAUCUUCUGGACUACUGCUGUGCCCCCAUGCCAUACUUUGUGGGAGUUCAUCUUAGUCUGCUGGAGAGAGUACGCAGCCGAUCACUGGAGGAUGUGGUCAUUCUGAACGUGGACACCAACACCCUGGAGAGCCCCUUUGAUGACCUCCACAACCUGCCCAGUGACGUGGUGUCUUCUCUGAAAGGCAAGCUGAAGAAGCAGUCGACAGCGACGGGAAGUGGUGUGGCGAGGGCCUUCCUUAGAGCGCAGGCCGCUCUGUUUGGAUCCUACCGAGAUGCCCUCAGAUAUAAACCUGGGGAGCCGAUCACAUUCUGCGAGGAGAGCUUUGUGAACCAUCGAUCGAGCACCAUGAGGAGCUUCCUGUCCAUGGCAGCCAACCUGCAGCUCUUCAAACAGUUCAUCGACGGACGGCUGGCUAAAUUGAACGCAGGCCGUGGCUUCUCCGACGUGUUUGAAGAGGAGAUCACAGAGGGGGGCUUCUGUGGAAGUAAUUCAAGGUCUUACCAGCAAUGGAUGCACACUGUGAAGAGAGGAGGAGCACUCAUCAACACAGCUGUGACUAAAGCCAAGAGUCAUGCCAAGAGGGGCAUCCGGGACUUUAAGGGCAGACUUAAAGCAAAGGAAGAAGAAGAAGAGGGGAUGAUGGUCUGUGCGGGGUCUCCCACCAGCACCAAGAGCCUGUCUCCAAGGAGACUGCAGAAGAUGAGACGGCAAAACUUCAACAAGUAUCCCAUGAGCAUGGGCCCUCGAGAUCUUGGCUACGGGCUCGACGAUGAUGAGCUGGACAGUGCGAGCAAGAUCUCCUCAGAGGACAGCGGAGACGUCCCUUCGUACAUCGGGGACAGCGACGACUCCUACUCGCUAGAACUCGACAUGGACGCCUCCCGCUCGGGCCAGAUGAACCUGCUAGAGGAAAUCCUGGACUCUCUGAACACCACGACGGUGGAGCAAGGAAAACUCAGCGCCGCCAAGAGCCUGGACUUCUUCAGGUCCAUGGAGGAUUUAGACUACAAGGCCCCGAGCAAGCCCUCACCUUCCAGCGAAUCCAAACCUGCAGGUGAGAGUGGCUGUGGUGGAGACGGGGAUCAGGGCGGCUGGAAUAUGGGCCAGGAUGACAGCGCGGUCCACGGAAAACACCUCCCCCCGUCCCCACGCAGACAGCCCAACAAGGUCAGCCUGAAGGUGUCAAAGAAACCUGCGCCAGCUCCCGCAGUGCCCGUCAUCAUAGCCCCGGAGGCUGACACCUCCACGUCAUAUCCUCCUCAACUCAACUCUGACCUUCACCCUCUACCUCCAGGGCGACAACCAGGAGACCGCCGCUCCUACUCACCCAUAAUGUCCCAUAGAGUUAAACCUAUGCCGCCCUCUCCCACUCUCUUUCACACCUAUAGUUCUCCAGCAUCUGUUUCUCACCCAAACUAUUCUCCCGUACCAGCCAGCCGGCCUCGGACCAUCUCAGACCCCCAAGGCAACUUGGAGCCCCCGGACUGCCUCUACCAGAACCAGACUGCCUCCACCAGCAUCCUGAGGAGGAAGGUGCUGUCCAAGGAGACAGUGAGGCACUACCAGGAGAAGGCCAUCCAGAGGAAGGGCAGCAGGGCCCAGCAGGAGGGUCAGGAGAGCCCGACGAGUCAAAGCCACUCAGCUAUGCAGGUCCCGUGGGAGAAAGAGGUGUCCAAGGAGGGGCUCCUGGGGCUCAGCCUGUGCCUGGGUCAGGGUAAAGGCUCGGGGGCGUCUGUGGUACAGGAUCAAGGCCUCCUCGAGGAGAUUGAGUCCAUGUGUUGCCUCGGCUCAGUCCUCCACACCAGCCUGCAGCUGUCACAGGUUCACUGCAACAACAGUCACCACCAGGUCCAGAGCAACGCCGCAGACGAGUCGUAGGGACGUCUGUAAAAAUGCCAUAUAGGUUCUACUGUCAUUCCUCUAUUACAACUAGCCACAGUCUCAGAGAUCUUUUUUAUCUCAACACUCUGCUAUCAGGAAACAUUAUGAACAAAUUUGAUGUCGUACAGGCAAACGGAGAGUCACAGCCUCUAGAGCAGCAAACAGGAAGAGAUGAAGCGCUGCACUGCACAACUCUCCAUCUUUAAAGACAUUAUGUGUCAAAAUAGAGCCCUGAAAACCUUAUCUUCUUAAAACAAGUGAAAAAUCUGCCAGUGUAGUAAGAAUAUUUUAACCUGUUUCCAAUAAAUCAAUCA